CUGUUCAGAAGUAUUGUGACAGCCGCGAGAAGAUGAACUUCGUCGGAGAUGUUUACUAUAAACUCAAUCGACGUCUGUUGCUAUUAGUUGGCUUAUGGCCAUAUGAACAUUCAAUUUACAAAUAUUGUCAAAUGAUAUUUUGUAACAUUAUUGUAAUAUUCACGUCAAUCUGUCAGAUUACGAAAUUAAUAAGUGAAAUUAAAAAAAGUGCGAUAUCACAAAAUAUUGAAAUCAUGCUAAAAUUUCUCUCUCCUAUUGUAGUUUUCUUAAUCUAUCUUAUUAAAUAUGAAACAUUCUGUAUUGUCGCUAAAAAGAUAAAAUAUCUUAUGGAUCACGUAGAAGAAGAUUGGAAUAUGCUUAAAGAUAAAAGAGAAUUAGAGAUUUUAGAAAGAUACACUUACAUUGGAAGUAUGUGCACUAUGGGUUUGACAAGUACUGAAACAUUGUAUGUAACUUAUGUACAACAUGCUUGCGGAAUGUUUGAAGUUGCCAGUUAUCGAAUGGCUCAAGCAUUCAAUGCCAAGCUUUUACAAGAUUACACAUGUGAAAAGCAAGCAAUCAUCAUUUGCAAAAGGAUAAUCGAGGCUAUACGUAUUCACAAAAGAGCUCUUGAGUUUUCCGAAUUCCUGUGGUCUACUCUGGCGAUAUCAUAUAGCAUUCUUCUUAUAAUUGGUAUUACAUCUCUAAUUAUUAAUCUUUUCUGCCUUUUUCAAGCAAUUUUAUUUAUAAAGGCAAUUGAUCAAAUCAUAACAUUAAGUCUGUUUACUGUGGGUCACAUUAUUUAUUUAUUCUUGGGUAACUAUGUUGGCCAAAUUUUAAUAGAUCAUAGUGCCGGUAUUUUUCAAAACAUAUAUUGUACACAGUGGCAAGGCACACCUUUGCAAGCACAACAAUUAUUGCGAAUUAUAAUGCAAAGAAGUAUGAAAAGUUGCAAGAUGGAUGUGGGUGGAAUGUUUACUCCAUCAUUGGAAGGCUUUGCAGCGCUUAUGAGCACCACUCUAUCGUACUUUACAGUACUCUGGUCGGUACACAAAUAAUGCUAUUAAAAAGAAAAAAUUAUAUAACAUAAAUCGUAGUCAACUUUGAAUUAAUAGAAAAAAAUAUAAUAAAAUAUUGGUAAAAUAUUUUUAUCUGAAUUUGUUAAAAAUUAUAAAAACCUCACUAAUAAUAAACAGAUAAAUAUAUCAAUAAAUAAUUUUACACUAUUUAUCUUUAUUUUUCUUCCUUAUUUUUAUUAUCUUAUUAUUAACUUAUUAAGAUUGGCAAGGAUUGUUAACUAAUGGUAAAAAUAAUGCAAUUACCAUGUUAUUAACUUAAUAAUAUCCUUUUAACGCUUCUGUAUCAAUAUAUGUUUCAAUAAUUUUAAUAUUCUUAAAAUUACAUGCCGAUUUAUAUAAUAAAUGUAUUAUUUUGACAAAAAAGUAAAACUUUUAGACGAUGUCUUUUAGAAGAUAUUGUUUAAUUAUUGUAAAGUGUUUUAACAUUAAUUAUUGGAAACAUUAAUCUGUUCUUAAUUUAUUAAUACCUUAAUACGUAUGGAUUUUAUUUUUCCGUAAAAAUUUCCGCAAAUAAUUCAAUAAAGUUGAGAAUAAUACUUUAUUUAAUACUAUAGUAUACUGUUGAAAAAAUUGAAUAAGUAUAUUGUAUAUAAUAUAGUAAAGUAUGAAACGAACUGUUUGAUUGUCCGAAUGAAAAUGUCAGAAUUCUAUAGAAUAAAAUUUUCAAUCGCGUCGAGAAGAAAAUAUCAAGAAAAUUAGAGACUUACAAUUAGAGGUAUAGAACACUAAUAGAGGCAUAUUAUCUUCUAUAGCAAAAAAUGCUGUAAAUAUUCGCCAGUCAUCCAAGUUUCUUUCUUUUUUUUUCUCUGCAGUAAAUGCAUUAAUAAAUUAUAAAUAAUCAUGUUACACACGCGUACCCAAAUUAUUUGAAAUUAUAAUUGCAAAUUUGCAGUAGGAAAAUUGAAGAAAAGGAAACUGCGAACACCGUAAUAUUAGAAUACGUUAUCUCUUUUCACGUUUGUUUUCCCAUUUUCCCUCAGAACAGUUUUGGCCGUUAUCGAAAAUGGAUUUCAGUGGAAGCAAAUACUAUGAGUUCAAUCGCAUACUUUUGUUAUCAAUUGGUUUGUGGCCGUAUGAUGAAUCAAUAUUUAAACGAAUUAAAAUAUUGAUGUCAUCUAGUUUUGUAGUCUCAGGUGCUGCCGUGAUGGUACUAUCAGGAUCUAAUAUAAAUCAAAUAAAUGUUUUGAAAAGCUUUGUCGAUUUGCCUAUUUUUUUACAAAAUUUUUUAUAAUUGUAGUUAAGUUUUUUAUUUAGUUAUAUAUUUUCUCGAGAAAUUUGGACCUUUUAUCAAUGUAUGCCAGCACAAUAGUUCCUUAUUCUUAUACUUAACACAUAGAUUUUAUUCAAUCAUUGUCUUAUGCUUAUUACAAGUAGUAUCAAAUUAUAGAUUGCGAAGAUAAUUACUUCAGAAUAUGACAUGAUACUUACGCUAAGAAUAUUAUCACUAGUUAUACCUUACUGCAUUACUAUUUGUAAAUGUAUCACUUUUUUACUUCUUCCUACGAGUGUAAGUAUACACAAUAAUUUUUUAAUAAUUUCCUUAAGUAUCCGCGAAAAUACCUUGGCCAGUAAAUUUAUAGAAUACAUCACAACAUUAUUAAUUAACACAAUACUCACAAAAUACUCUUAUAAUUUAUUUGUUGUUAUGAGUAAACAAGAUCAUUGCACAGAAAUAUGUCGAUUUUUAUACUCUGUCGAAUAAUGAUUAUAGAUAAAAACACUUAUGGAAUGGAUCCAAAAUGAUUGGAAUACUUUGGAAGAUGUGAAUGAGCUCGAAA